UUGAAUUUUUGCCGAUCGAUAACUGGAUCUAUGAACUGUGAUGCUGGAACGAAAACCUGACUACUUCAUAGGAUCAAAUGGGACCCCCGCUAUGGAAACUCGCUGGAAUAAGUCAUCGACACAUCGUUCACCAACUAUUUCCAACAAGACAUACUUUGCAGAAAUGGGAAUGAAAAACUACAAAACCGUGAAAUGUGUAAGCAACAUGGCAAUCCAAAACGGACGACACAUCCAUAGCUCGAUAUCUCAAGCUCCCUCCAGUAGCAACCCCGGUAAUAGCAGUAUCAUAACAACCGAUAGCAGACGUUGGCAUAAUGCCAAUGUAUGUGAUAUAACAUCAAUCACCUCGACAAAGAUCAAAUUUGCAACCCAUCGUAGUCCAGUACUAUUGAAAACACCUUCACCAGUGUUACUUCGUCAUCGAGCGAACAAACCACUUAAUCACCGAAGUACUUCAACAUCUUCCAGUCCGAUGCACCGUAAUACUGGAAACCUUCUAGUGCCGAUUCCGUCCAAGUGCUCCAAACCACACGCGCAAUUAGAUAAUCGACUAUCUAAUCAACGAACUUAUGAUCGCCAUGUUUUUGGUUUUUCUCAACAAUCAGAGCAAUUCGUGCUGCCUCCAUUGCCCACUUGAUUCAUUUUGAUUAUACUUUC